UAGUGUAGACUCGCCGCAGUCCGUGAUCAGAUUCAUUUGGAGGCAACUUUAUAGAGCGUACGGAUUAGCCAUUCUUCGCUAAAUAGAAUAGUCUUUUUUCGAACUUAAUUUUUGAGAAUAUUAUAUCCGUUUUAAUCUAAAUUACAACACCAUAUUUAAAAUGAAUUGUUGUAUUUAUUUUGAAUAAAUGUGAUAUUUUGUCUUGUUAAAUUAACCAAGUUCGAAUAGUGAAGUUUUCUUUAAGCCAUUGAGAUACAAUAUAAGUAAUAAUUUAAACAGCAGCGUUUCUUUUUACCGAUACUUCAGUCAUGGAUACCUACUACGAAAGUGCACCUCAGUUAUCAGAAAUUCAAUCAUUUUACAAUGAUACAACAGUAUUUUUAACUGGUGCUACUGGAUUCAUGGGAAAUUUAAUCCUGGAUAAAUUAAUAAGGACUUGUUCGGGAGUGAAAAAAAUUUAUAUUUUGAUCAGAGAGAAAAAAGGAAAAACUACAGAAGAAAGAUUUAAGCAACUUUUCGAUGAUCCAGUAUUUGAAUUAAUGAAAAAAGAACAACCAAACUUUUUGGAAAAGAUCCAUGCAGUUAUCGGUGAUUGUGCGUUGCCAAACUUGGGAAUUGAAGAAAAAUAUAUUAACAUCUUAAAAGACGAAGUAAACAUAGUAAUACACUCCGCUGCUACUGUGCGAUUUGACGAACAAUUAAGAACAGCUGUCAAUAUUAAUAUAAUUGCCUUACAAGAUAUAUUGAAAAUUAGCCAAGAAAUUAAAAACUUGAAAGCUCUCGUUCAUAUUUCAACUGCUUAUUCAAACUGUGCUGGAAGGGAAGUUGUGGAUGAGAUAUUCUACAAACCACCUAUAUCUGGAGAAAAAUUAUCACAGGUUGUCAAUAACUUGGAUGACGAGUAUAUUAAUAGAAUUACACCGUCGUUACUUGGGGAAUGGCCGAAUACAUACGCCAUGACUAAAGCCAUUGCUGAGGGUGAAAUAAUUACCCAUGGCAAAGGAUUACCAAUUGGAGUUAUUAGACCGUCAAUGAUUAUCGCCACCGAUACCGAGCCUGUUCCUGGAUGGAUCAACAAUUUCUAUGGACCAACAGGAGUUGUAGCAGCCACCGGUAUUGGUCUCAUGAGAUGCAUGCACGCUGAUCCCAAUAAAAUAGCCGAUAUCGUACCUGGAGAUUAUGUCAGCAACGCCGUGUUGGCUUGUGCUUGGGAUAUUCAUAACAUAUGGAAAGAAAACAACUUUAAAGAUUUAACAAAAGCUGACGAUUUAGAUAAAGAAACAUUUGUACCACCUAUUUACAAUUUCGUAUCAUCAAGUGUCAACCCCUUGACAUGGGGAGAAUUUUCAAUGCUGAACAAGAAAUACGGAUGUGAAGUGCCUUCUGUAAAAGCGAUCUCGCCAAUUUUGUUGAGAAUAUCUAAAAGAAAAAUUGAAUAUCAAAUUUUAUGUUUUCUUCUUCACAUCAUACCCGGAUUUAUAAUUGAUUCAUUAGCCAAACUUACCGGAAGGAAACCUCUAUUAAUGGAUGGAUACAGAAAAAUGCAUAAAUUUUCGGAUGUUAUAUCUUACUUCAGUUUAAAAUCGUGGAAGUUUAACGAUAAUAAUACGAGAUCUUUGAUACAAAAGCUAUCCAAACUAGAUCAAACACUUUUCAGUUUCGAUUUAAACAAAUUGAGUUGGGAUGAAUAUUUCAAAAAACACGUAUUAGGUAUACGAAUGUAUAUUAUAAAAGAUCCAUUGGAAACAUUGCCAGAAGGAAGAAAAAGGAAUCAAAAAUUAUGCAUAGCUUACUACACAUUAUUAUCCUUCUUAGCUGCAGUAUUAUUAUUAAUAGUGUAUGGACUUUGCAGUUUAUUUGUUUAACAAAAUUGCUGUUAACUCCUGGAAUCUCAUCGUCAUAUUGUAUAGACAAUUUUUAUAAAUAUAAUCAUUUUCGAUCUUCUACCUAGUUUGAUAAGGAUAUAAUUUUUUUGUUUAAUUUUUUAUAAUACCUACAUUUGAUAUACCUAAUAUAGUGAUAUAGUUUGAUACUUGA